CCUUGAAAUAAAUAUCUCCUAAAUAUAGGCUGGCGUCUAAAAUUAGACAUGUGAAGGAAGCUAGUAUUGGUUUUGGUGCAAUCUUUAGAAAUGAUAAAGGUGAAUUAUUAGCUGCAACAUCGAAUAAGCUGGAAAUAUGUGUGGACCUAUUCAUAAUCAUAUUGCCAUGGGAUCUUGAAGCUGACACUGAUGAUUUGUUGCUUGCUCUUAACGCCCAAUACCAUUGAAUAUCGACCAAUUGUUGCGAAGAAGAGAUCCUCAGCCUCAACCUCUGUGAAGCAAAUGGCUGGUCCUAGGAUUGCUCAUGCUACUUUGAAAGGACCAAGUGUUGUGAAGGAGAUAUGUAUCGGAAUGGUGCUUGGUUUAGCUGCCGGCAGUGUCUGGAAGAUGCAUCACUGGAACGAACAGAGAAAAACCCGGGCAUUUUAUGAUUUGCUGGAAAAGGAUGAGAUUAGUGUUGUUGCGGAUGAAGAAUAAAAGUGGCCACGUUUUGUGCCAAAGGCCCAGAUCUCUCCAUUUUUAUACAUUUUUCUCUCUGUAUAUUCUAUUGGCUCUUAAUUUGUAGUUGAGCUGACUUACUCUAAGAUUCCAAGGCAAUAAGUUUUUUGCACCAAAUCUUGGACAUUGUUACCCGGUAGAAAUUCUAUAAAGCCUGUUUUGUUGCUUUUUAUUGCAAAGUUAUUUUUAUC